CGAUGCAUUUUCGUCCUCAGAUCUCAAUCUCACUCACAAGAGAGAGAGAGAAAAGGCUUAGUCUUGUACAAUAUUCACGAUUAUACACUUUCUCUUUCCAACAUGGCGGCCUCUGUAGAUAAUCGCCAAUACGCUCGGCUCGAGCCAGGUUUAAACGGCGUGGUUCGUUCUUACAAACCUCCUGUUCCGGGCCGGUCCGAUUCCCCUAAGGCAAACCAGAACCAAACCAUCAACCAAACCGUGUUCUUGAAACCAGCGACGGUUCAUGACGAUGACGAAGACGUGUCGAGCGAAGACGAGAACGAGACUCACAACAGCAACGCCGUGUACUACAAGGAGAUGAUACGCAAAUCCAACAGCGAGCUUGAGCCGUCGAUCUUGGACCUGAGAGACGAAUACACGGCUGAUAGCUGGAUCGAACGUAACCCUUCCAUGGUCCGUCUCACAGGGAAACAUCCCUUUAACUCCGAGGCGCCUCUUAACCGUUUAAUGCAUCACGGGUUUAUCACCCCUGUCCCCUUGCACUACGUCCGUAACCACGGCCAUGUCCCUAAGGCCCAAUGGGCCGAAUGGACGGUCGAAGUGACCGGAUUUGUCAAACGGCCCAUGAAAUUCACCAUGGACCAGCUCGUCUCCGAGUUCGCUUACCGAGAGUUCGCCGCGACGCUGGUUUGCGCGGGGAACCGCCGUAAGGAGCAGAACAUGGUGAAGAAGUCAAAGGGAUUCAACUGGGGAUCCGCCGGGGUUUCCACCUCCGUCUGGCGCGGUGUCCCUCUCUGCGACGUAUUGCGUCGCUGUGGGAUCUUUAGCCGGAAAGGCGGCGCUCUCAACGUCUGCUUUGAAGGGUCGGAGGAUCUCCCAGGUGGCGCCGGAACUAACGGUUCCAAAUACGGAACGAGCAUCAAGAAGGAGUAUGCCAUGGAUCCAUCAAGAGAUAUCAUUUUGGCAUAUAUGCAAAACGGAGAGUACUUAACACCAGACCACGGGUUUCCUGUUCGGAUCAUAAUCCCCGGUUUCAUUGGUGGUCGGAUGGUUAAAUGGCUGAAACGGAUUAUUGUCACAACUCAAGAAUCCGACAAUUUCUACCAUUUUAAGGACAACAGAGUUCUACCUUCUCAAGUAGAUGCCGAACUCGCCGACGAAGAAGGCUGGUGGUAUAAGCCGGAGUACAUAAUCAACGAGCUAAACAUAAACUCCGUGAUUACGACGCCUUGUCACGAGGAGAUUCUUCCCAUCAACGCUUUCACCACCCAAAGACCUUACACUUUAAAGGGUUACGCAUAUUCCGGUGGUGGAAAGAAAGUGACCCGUGUAGAGGUGACAGUGGAUGGUGGAGAAACAUGGAACGUAUGUGAACUUGACCAUCAAGAGAAGCCGAACAAGUAUGGGAAAUUCUGGUGUUGGUGUUUCUGGUCACUUGAGGUUGAGGUUUUGGACUUGCUUAGUGCCAAAGAGAUCGCUGUCCGUGCAUGGGACGAGACUCUCAACACGCAGCCCGAGAAAAUGAUAUGGAAUCUCAUGGGGAUGAUGAAUAAUUGUUGGUUUAGAGUGAAGACUAACGUUUGCAAGCCUCACAAGGGUGAGAUCGGGAUCGUAUUCGAGCAUCCAACGCUUCCGGGCAAUGAAUCUGGUGGAUGGAUGGCCAAGGAACGUCACCUCGAGAAAUCCGCGGACGCGCCUCCUACUCUCAAGAAAUCGGUUUCGACGCCGUUUUUUAACACAACUGCGAAAAUGUACUCGAUGUCGGAGGUUAAGAAGCAUAACUCUGCUGAUUCUUGCUGGAUCAUUGUUCAUGGACAUAUCUAUGACUGUACCCGCUUCCUCAAGGACCAUCCGGGUGGUUCGGAUUCGAUCUUGAUCAAUGCUGGUACGGAUUGUACAGAGGAGUUUGAUGCCAUUCACUCUGAUAAAGCCAAGAAGAUGCUUGAGGAUUACCGCAUUGGAGAGCUCAUUACCACUGGUUAUUCCUCUGACUCUUCCUCGCCCAAUAACUCUGUUCAUGGUUCGUCCGCUGUCUUCUCCUUGCUGGCUCCCAUUGGAGAGGCGGCUCCAGUUAGGAGCCUUGCUUUGGUUAACCCCCGGGCUAAAGUCCCGGUUCAACUCGUCGAAAAGACUUCCAUUUCUCAUGAUGUUCGUAAAUUCCGGUUUGCUUUACCUGUUGAGGACAUGGUUCUUGGUUUACCGGUUGGUAAGCACAUUUUCCUCUGCGCCACCAUUAAUGAUAAGCUCUGCCUCAGGGCUUACACACCGAGCAGCACCGUUGAUGUGGUUGGCUACUUCGAACUUGUGGUCAAGAUUUACUUUGGUGGUGUCCACCCAAGAUUCCCUAAUGGCGGGCUCAUGUCGCAGUACUUAGACUCGUUACCUAUAGGGUCAACCCUGGAGAUCAAAGGACCAUUGGGUCAUGUUGAGUAUCUAGGCAAGGGUAAUUUCACGGUUCACGGUAAACCGAAGUUUGCUGAGAAAUUGGCAAUGUUGGCAGGCGGAACCGGUAUAACCCCGAUUUACCAAAUUAUCCAAGCCAUUCUGAAAGAUCCAGAGGAUGAGACUGAGAUGUAUGUUAUUUAUGCUAACCGGACUGAGGAAGAUAUUCUCCUAAGGGAGGAAUUAGAUAGUUGGGCAGAGGUGUAUGCGGACCGGCUAAAGGUUUGGUAUGUAGUGGAAUCAGCAAAGAAAGAUUGGGCUUACAGUACCGGUUUUAUCUCCGAGGCGAUUAUGCGAGAGCAUAUCCCUGAUGGAUUAGAUGGCUCAGCAAUUGCCAUGGCUUGUGGACCACCACCGAUGAUUCAGUUUGCGGUUCAGCCGAAUUUGGAGAAGAUGCAAUAUAACAUCAAGGAGGAUUUCUUGAUAUUUUAAUCCUAAAGCCAAAGAUAUUUCAAAAGUCAAAACGUUAGGUGGUCAAAAAAAGUCAAGUUGUUAUUUAUUAGAGUCUAAAUAAGUAAUGAUAGAUUUGUUUUGUAUAUAAUGUUGGUUUCUUUAAAGUUUUCAAUUGGGAAAUAUAACUUUUCCGUUGUAUUCACGAUCGAUAUUUUUUGUUACAAUAAAAAAAUAUAUUUCAAAAUUUUCUGGA